AUGAACGCGAAAUACCUUGUGCACCAGAUGACUGAUUACCUUGUGCCUUUCUACGAUUCCCAAAUCGAAGUUACUGUCACUAAACAAGCAACAAUUGUUGAUCAUUGGAUUCUACAAACUAUGCACACACGUCGUCGUAGACUCCACAAGCUCCUUAUCGAGAUUUCAUUCCCCAGAGACUUUCUCAUUGACCCUAAUAACACGUUCGUUGGUAUUGGAGUUGAGGGAGAUGCUGAGAAGUUGUUAUGUGAUCACGGGUUGUACGUGGCGAAUACUGUUGAUUUAAACAAACUGGCAUUGUUGACGUAUGAUGAAGAAAUCUAUGGAAAAAUGGAUUUGAAGCGAAUGGCGAAAGCAGUACUUGGGAAAGUUAUGAUGGAGAAGCAACUGAAUAAUGUUUUGAGUUGGAAUGCAGAGGAUUUGUGCUAUGAACAAGUUGAAUAUGGUGCUAUUGAUGAUUUUACGUCGUUUGAGAUAGGAAAAGAAUUGUUUAAUAUACUGUCGGACAGAGAUAGCCGUCGUGUUAAGUUUGGAAAAUUGAGUAGUCAUCAUCAACCAUGGCUGCUGCUAAAAGAGACAUUGAGGUUGCAAAAUCUUGCUCUUGGAAAAGGGGUCAAAGGACUGAUAAGAACAGUUUAUUAG